UGUGGCGCUAUAGUUCUGCCACCGUAAAAGCCUGAGAACGAGGAGUGUAGCCUACCGCAGAACAUAGGAGACGUUUUACUUUACCACAUCUCGACUCGUGAGCUGACCGUUUUAAAGAUAUCAUGUUCGUUUGAGGGAGAAAGCGGAUUCCACACUGAUGUUACGGCCCUACAGUACCUGAGGCAGUGGAAAUCUGGGGAGACGAGCAUCCACAGGAGAUUCAGUGAGAGGGAAGAGGGCGUCCAGACAACCAGGGCCUCCGGACCCACUCAGAGCAAAGCAGCAGCACAGUAGGGAUGAGCGAGUUCUGGCACAAGAUUGGCUGCUGCGUGGUAGCCAAACCUCCACCGAGGAAGAAGCGCAGGAAAAUCGACCGCAGCAUGAUCGGCGAGCCCACAAACUUUGUCCACUUGACACACAUUGGCUCUGGGGAGAUGGCAGAGGGCCGGGCCCCGUCGGGGCCGGUCCAGGAUAAGAUGAGGUCAAAAGGACCCAGUGCCAACGGCCGCAAGAGCAUGUUAUAGCUGGUGCCUACCAAGCAUGGAGAACCAUUUCCAUCCUCCUCUAUGCGCCCCUCUCAUCCCAAAUCAAAAGCAGUCACUGCAGCGUAACCUGUUUCCAAUGGAGCACUUGGCAAACCUGAGAGCGGACCCUAAUAGAGAGCAGAGAGGCUCUUCCUGACGUCUGCAGGAUCUAUUUAGCCAAACAGGACGAGGGCCUUUCUGUGGUCACCACAAGAAUCGCCCUGCUCAGAGGAGGAUAGACUGACAUGUUUUUUAUGCUUUUUAAAGAAAAGUAUUUGUCUUUCUGAUGGACUUUGGACUUCCACUGUAUUUCAGCCAACAACGUUACUGUGUCUGUGCCAGCAAGCGUAUGUGAUAGAGCCG